AUGACAAUUAAGAGCCUUUUCAUGUUUCACGUUGUUUUGUUGCUUGUCUCAUUCUCUGUUAUACAUAUUAAUCAUGCUUUGGAACAAGUUCAUGAAGAAAGUGGUACUAUUCAAGAAAGAGCCCUUAUUCCCAGGCUAAAUUGCGCUGUCACUCCUUCUAGGAAGUUACUACUUCUGCCUGAUAUUGGCGAUGGUGAUGGUAUUGGCAAUUUUGGUGAUGUUGGUGGUGGUGUUGGUAAUGGUAGCGAUAUUGGUAGUGUUGGUGAUGGUAAUGGGGGCGAUUAUGAUACUGGUGGUGAUAGUAAUGGCGAUGGUUCAGAGAACAGAAUAGGACCUGGAUCAUGUUCAAAAAACAAUAUUCAAGUGAACCAAGGUCCAUCAACUCCACUUCCGAGUGGCAUUCCAACAUACACUGUCAUAAUUGCGAACGCGUGUUUCUCAGGAAGUUGUAGUAUUUCCGAUAUUCACUUGAGCUGUGGUUGGUUCAGUUCAGCAAGGCUUAUAAAUCCCAAGGUUUUCAGGAGACUUGACUAUAACGACUGCCUUGUCAACGAUGGAGAGCCUCUCACUGCUGGACAGUCUCUCACUUUCAUAUAUGCUAAUACUUUUCCAUAUAAGCUCUCCGUUUCUUCCAUUGUCUGCUAA